GACUUCUCCGCCUUAAAAGCACACACACAAAAUCUUUUCUCCGAGUUCAAGCUUGACCGACACGCCCAAGCUCUAAACUUUUCAGGAAAAACGCGAACAACCAUGAAGAAGCAAAAGCACGAGUUCUUAGGAGGAUUCAACUUCAACCCCUUUGAUCUGCUGUCUGAAGAGAUCAUUUUCAUGAUCCUCGACCUUCUCAACCGCAACCCUCUUGACAAAAAAUCCUUCUCUUUAGUUUGCAAGUCCUUCUACGCUGCAGAAUCCAAGCACCGAGAGUCCCUCAAGCCCCGCCUCCAGGAACACCUCCCUGCAAUCCUUUGCCGCUACCCCAAUAUCACCCAUCUCGAUCUCACCCUCUGCUCACUUGUAUCCGACGCCUCUCUCUCCAUUAUAUCCAAUGGAUACGCCUCUACUCUUCGUUCCAUUGAUUUCUCGAGAAGUCGUCUCUUUUCGACUUCUGGUUUGUUUGGUUUGGCUCUGAAUUGUAAGAACCUUGUGGAGAUUGAUUUGUCCAACGGGACGGAGUUGAAAGAUUCAGCUAUGGCAGCUAUUGCCGAGGCUAAGAAUUUGGAAAAGCUGUGGUUGGCGAGGUGUAAGUCGAUUACGGAUAUGGGGGUGGGAUGUGUUGCCGUUGGAUGCAGAAAGUUGAGGUUCAUUUGCUUGAAAUGGUGCUUGGGGGUUGGUGAUUUGGGUGUUGGUUUGAUUGCUAUUAAGUGCAAGCAUGUUUGUUACUUGGAUCUAUCUUACUUGAGUAUUACAAAUACAUGUUUAUCAUCUAUCUUGAAAUUACAACAUCUGGAAGAGUUGGUUCUGGAAGGAUGCUUUAGUAUCGAUGAUGACAGUCUUGCAGUUCUCAAACAUGGAUGCAAGUCAUUAAAGAGUCUUGAUGUGUCGGCUUGUCAGAAUAUCAGUCACAAUGGCUUGUCUUCCCUAAUAAAUGGUGCCGAAGGUCUGCAGCAACUUACCUUAGCCCAUGGUUCUCCUGUAACUUCGUCUCUUGCUGAUUGUUUGAAAAAGCUUUCCCUGUUGCAAUCAGUUAAAUUGGAUGGUUGUCUGAUUACCUAUGAUGGGUUGAAAACCAUUGGAAAUUGGUGCGUAUCAUUAAGGGAGCUGAGCUUAUGUAAAUGUUCAGGAGUAACAGAUGAAGGCCUCUCAUUCGUUGUAACAAAACACAAAGACUUAAGGAAGCUAGACAUUACAUGUUGCCGCAAUAUAACCGAUGUCUCUAUUGCCCACAUCACAAAUUUGUGCAACUCUCUGACUUCUCUCAGGAUGGAGUCAUGUACCCUGGUUUCUAGAGAACCCUUUGUUUUGAUCGGGCAGCAGUGCCAUUUGCUUGAAGAGCUUGACCUUACAGAUAAUGAAAUUGACGAUAAAGGUCUGAAGUACAUCUCUAGGUGUUCCAAACUAUCCAAUUUAAAACUAGGAAUUUGCCAUAAUAUAACUGAUGAGGGACUCAUCGAUAUUGGCAGGGGCUGCCCAAAACUUCUAGAGCUUGAUCUGUACAGGUCUGCAGAAAUAACAGAUAUGGGUAUUUUAGCAAUUGCACAAGGUUGCCCUGGCCUUGAAAUGAUUAAUAUAUCCUACUGUAUAGAUAUUACUGAUUGUUCCUUGCUAUCUUUAUCCAAAUGCUCACGGUUAAAGACACUUGAAAGUCGAGGGUGUUCUCUGAUAACAUCUUUAGGAUUAACAGCUGUUGUCGUCGGAUGCAAGGAACUUACCAAGCUAGACAUAAAAAAGUGUCAUAACAUUGAUGAUGCUGGAAUGAUUCCACUUGCUCAUUUUUCUCAAAACCUUAGACAAAUUAACUUGUCCCAUAGCUCAGUUACGGACGUAGGACUGUUAUCACUGACCAGCAUUGGCUGCCUACAGAACAUAACAAUCUUGCACUUAAAAGGCUUGACUCCCUGUGGACUAGCAGCUUUCUUACUGGCAUGCGGAGGGUUGACAAAAGUGAAACUUCAGGCAGCAUUUAGAUGGCUGUUACCCCAUCCUCUUGUUGAACAUUUGGAAGCACGUGGUUGUAUGUUUCACUGGAGAGAUAAAGUGCUUCAGGUGGAAUUGGAUCCCAAGUGUUGGAAAUUACAGUUAGAAAAUCCAAUGCCAUAGAGAUUCUUGAAGACCUUGUAGAUCAGAGGAGUUAGCAGCUAUUAUCUACAAAUGCAGAUUCUAGCCGUAGACUCAGGGGAAUCAUUGAAGAUAUUAGGUUUUUGACAAAGCAUUAGCCUUCAGGUGCUGUGUAGAUACUCUUUCAGAUUCUUGAAGAUCUCUUCAGUUAGGUGAGUCAACAUCUAUUGCCAACAAAUGAAAAAGUAGUGCAAAGUUUCCUCAGGUGCCAUAUGUUGAUGGAUUGUCAAAGUGUUGGCCUUUGAUGCCAAAGCAAUCGAGCUUUGUGGCUCUAUGCCUAGCAUAGUCUCGUGUACUUGAAACGUUAGAUAGAAUUGGAGAAUGUGUUUAUAUAUAUAUAUAUAUAUAUAUAUAUAUGUGUGUUUAUUAGUACUAAGUUUGCUUGAUGUAUAUUAUUAGUUAUGGAUGCUUAAUUGUCAAUAGAAUCAGAUGACAAUUUACUGAAAAGCCUCGUAAAGGAGAAAAGAUCCACUUAUUUUAUGAAAUUAUAAUUGAUGUUGUUAAUGAGGAUUUACGCAGCAGUUGGUAGAAAAUUUUGGAUUUGAUCAGGCAAUGAGCUGGUUUUUAACCAAAAAGCGUUUUCUUCUGGUAUAGAAAUUGAUCGCAAUGAUUGACCUGGUCAGGGAAAGGAGUGUACAUGUUUUUGCAUUGUAAUUCAAAUUGGUUGUGAAUUGAACGAGUCAAAUGUGAACUGCAUCUUUAAAAGUAAUAAGAAUAAUCAUUAUAAUAAAGCAAAAAAUGAAAAAAGGCCACCUGUGUAUGAUAAGCAUGAUCAUCGUAAAAUAAUUUUAUGGAAGAUCUGGUAUGAUGCUCAACUUGGUGAGUACCAAGAGUGAUUUACAAAAAGGUUACCCUAAGAUGAAUAGCUAAACUCAAGGCAAGGCCGGAGUUGAUGACUGAUAAGAGUUGAGGAGGCUAGCAAGGAAAUGGAUGGAUCAUUGGCUUUAUUUUAUUGCUACCUUGGAAGUGGCAUAGCAUUAAUUAUAGGUGGAGUUGUGGAGUCAACCUUUGCAUAGAUAGCAUGGUGUAUGGAGCAAUAUUGGUUUUAUUAUUAUCAAUAUUAUCACAAAAGAAUCAGACUCGGCUUAUUCAGAACAUCAUCCCGUUUCCGAAUGGAAUUUUGAACCCAGUCAAAGUCAUUGCAGUCAGAAUGCUUCUAUUUCUAUACAAACAUUUGG